GUAACAAAAAACAACAAAUAACUAUGUUUUUCUGGCUUUUGCUUCAGUUUCUUUGCGCUUUUAAAGUUAGGUGAUUUUCAAAAAAAGUAACUUAGCAGUAACUUUUCAAUUAGUAGGCUACACUCCUCAUCGCAAACAUAUACUAAAUUGAUAUAUCUAGUCACUGUUUAGAUCCAGAAUCUAUAUAGAUCUAGAUCUACACCUAGUGUAAAUGAAUCUACAACUUCUUGGACAUAUAUUAUGACCAGUUUUGUUGACCAAACGGAAACCUUUGAUGAAAUAGAUCCAGUUCCAGUUAUGGGUGUAAAGCACACAUUUGAAGACCUUCGACCGUCAGAAGAUGGAGAGAUUGGAUUUUGUGGCUACAUUCUGUUCGCAUUGUCAAUGUUUCUCAUCGUCAUCACUUUCCCGUUCUCUCUUUGUUUAUGCAUUAAGGUUGUUCAAGAAUAUGAAAGAGUAGUCAUCUUUCGUUUGGGAAGAAUUAUGUCCGGUAAUGCCAAAGGCCCAGGUAUGUUCUUCAUUAUUCCUUGCAUGGACAGUUUUGCUAAAGUUGACUUGAGAACUAUUUCAUUUAACGUUCCUCCUCAAGAGGUUUUGACAAGAGAUUCAGUUACAGUAGCAGUUGAUGCUGUAGUCUACUAUAGAGUUAAUAAUGCCACCAUGUCUAUAGUGAAUGUAGAAAACUACAGCACCUCUACACGAUUGUUAGCAGCAACAACUUUACGUAAUGUUCUAGGCACUAAAAAUCUGAGUGAAAUUCUCUCCGACAGGGAGAACAUCAGUCAUUUUAUGCAGACUUCAUUGGAUGAUGCCACUGAACAUUGGGGUGUGAAGGUAGAGCGUGUUGAAAUGAAAGAUGUCCGUUUACCAGUUCAACUACAGAGAGCCAUGGCAGCUGAGGCUGAGGCAUCCAGAGAAGCUCGAGCUAAGGUGAUUGCAGCUGAAGGAGAACAAAAGGCUUCCAAAUCCCUAAAAGAGGCAGCAGACAUUAUGAUAGAGUCACCAGCAGCACUGCAAUUAAGAUACUUACAGACAUUGAACACCAUUGCUGCCGAGAAAAAUUCUACUAUACUCUUCCCUCUUCCAAUAGACAUACUGUCGGCUUUUAUGCCCAAAAAGUAAUUGAUGAUUUUAACUUAUUAUAGAAUUAGAAUUUAUUGCUUUGGUUGAUUGUUUUAUGUAUAGACCUCAAGGAAUAAACAUUGGCAAAAGUAAAAAAAAAAAGUCUAAA